AUGCCUCGCUCUCCCCCCCGUCCGAACCUGAACGGAUUUGGCCUCAUACAGGCCAAUGUGAACCACUCUCCGCAUGCGCAGGAGCUCCUCCAGCAAAGCAUAGUGGAGAGUGGUUUCACGUUGGCGAUCGUGUCCGAGCCCCACCGCCCCCCGAGGGACAGCCCAUACUGGGCUGUUGAUAACGGGCAGGCGGGGGACUCCGUCGCGAUCCGAUGGCGGUCGGUGCCGGGAGGGCCCGGCACGACCCCCAUCGAGAGUGGGGAGCGGCACGUUGCCGUUCAAUGGGGGCCCAUCGCGGUCGUUGGGAUCUAUUUAAGGCCCACCAGACGCCCUGCUCUGUUUGAGGGCUGGCUGACGGACGUGGGACGAAUGUUAACACGUCUGAGUCCGAAGCCGGUCCUCGUAGCCGGGGACUUCAACGCGUGGCACACGAGUUGGGGUUCCCGACGUGAUAACGAGAAGGGCAGGGUUCUGGCGAGUUGGGCGGCGGCGCACGGCCUGGUCCUCGUGAAUGAGGGCCGGACCGCCACCUGCGUGCGGACGCAGGGGGAGUCCAUCGUGGAUCUCACGUGGGCUACCCCCUCGGCCGUGCGCUUGAUCACCAGGUGGAGGGUGGAGGGGAGCAUCGAAACUCUGUCGGACCACCGAUAUAUAUCGGUGGAGUUUGGUGCCCUCUCCUCCGUGCGUCGCCAAGAGACGCGACCGCGAUGGGCCCUGCGGAAACUCCGCGAGGACGCCCUGAUGGCCUCG